UUUAUUAUGAAUCUAUAAUAUUAUUAAAGUUGCCACUAUAAUUUUAUCGGGAUUCAAAUUCUGUACUUAUUCUUUUUGAUUACUCCAUUUCGUGUGAUUCAAUUUCAAUUAUGCUUUUGUAGUUUAAAGCUUUGUAUACACUUCUAGUUGUAGUUAAUUAAGACAUAUAACUACAAUUUCAGAUUUAAUGGUUAGAUAAGAAACAGCUUUAAAAAUAAUUGUUAUUUCUUAUCGGCUAAUUAGUCCUACCAAGUAUUUAGGUAAUAGGUAUACUAUAAACAUGGAUAAUAGUGAACUUUUGAGUGAAGACCAACUCGAGCCGUCCCUUAAAAAUGUAAUCGACCAAGAGACACUAAAAUGGAUUUUUGUUGGCGGUAAAGGAGGUGUCGGUAAAACGACUUGCAGCUGUAGUUUAGCCAUUCAGUUGGCUAAGGUGCGUGAAUCGGUUCUUCUCAUUUCAACAGACCCCGCACAUAAUAUAUCCGAUGCUUUUGGACAACGAUUCACCAAAGCACCUACCAAAGUCGAUGGAUUCAACAAUUUAUUCGCAAUGGAGGUAGAUCCAUCUGUUCACGAUACGGAAACGGAGCACUUAUUGAGCGGAAAUGAUGAUUCUGAAACCGUACAACUGGGUAAAAGCAUUAUGCAAGACAUUAUUGGAGCGUUUCCCGGUAUUGAUGAAUCCAUGAGUUAUGCCCAAGUAAUGAAGUUGGUGAAAAACAUGAAUUUUUCUGUUGUCGUAUUUGAUACAGCUCCAACUGGUCACACUCUGAGACUUCUAACAUUUCCACUGAUGAUUGAACAAGCAUUAGGAAAAAUAUUAGAACUAAAAAACAGAGUUGGCCCUUAUUUGAAUCAAAUGUCAAUGCUAUUUGGUGCAGGUAUCAAUAUUGACAAUAUAUCAGCUAAGUUAGAAGAAUUAUUGGCCACUAUUAAGACUGUAAAUCAACAGUUUAAAAAUUCAGAUCAAACAACAUUUGUGUGUGUGUGUAUUGCUGAAUUCUUGUCAUUGUAUGAAACCGAAAGACUGGUACAAGAGCUAACUAAGAACAGAAUUGAUACUCAUAAUAUUGUCGUUAAUCAAUUGUACAUGAACAAUGGAGAUUCCGAUCCAAAUUGUAAAAAAUGCGCGUCUAGACGUGCAUUGCAGCGCACAUACCUUGUGCAGAUUAAUGAUCUAUAUUUCGACUUCCACGUUACGAAGCUUCCACUAUUAGAUAAAGAAGUCAGAGGGGUCAAAGAUAUUUCUGAGUUUUCUAAGUAUCUAGUUACUCCGAAUUAUGCGUUCAACGUGAAUAAAUAGCAGUCAUUGUUUUAACAUUUUGUCCCUUUAUUUUGAUAUAAUGCAAUAAUAUAUGUCAAAAUAUAUUUUUUUUAAUUUUCUUAUCGUUUUGGUGUAUUGUUGUUAUCUUUACUGUAAAAAAUAUUUAGUUAUUAAUAUAUUUUCGUGUUGUUACAAAUACAUUCAAAUUAAAGUUGGAGUCGUAAAUAAAAAAAAUAAUAUCUUUAA